UCUUUGUCUUUACUAUGGAAAAUCCUACUUUCAGAAGGGCCCCUAACGGGACCCUUCUGCUGAAGGCUUCGGCCGAGGCCGAGGCAACCCGGACCCGGCCGCCUGGCAGCCAGGCCCCCUACAGGGCCAAGAAGUCAGAGGAGGUGGAUGCGGAGGCCUGGGCCCACGUCAACUCCGAGGGUGGCGACACCACAAACGCCACCCUCAUCCUGAGCCGGUGGAAGGUCCAGUUUGGGAAAUACCAGGGGAAGACCUUCCACUGGCUGCUGGAGAAUGACGUGGGCUACAGCGUCAAUCUGGUGGCCUCCCACCAGAAGGAGCGAGAGAGGACAGGGUCUCAGUCCCCGCUGAUGGCCAACAAGGAUGCUUUCACCCGCUACUCCUCGGCGUACCCUGACUUUGCGGAGGCAGUCAGGUUCCAGCGGGCGUUCGAGGAGGCGCGGGUGAAGUCCCUCCAGCCCAGGCAGGAGGGACAGGCACUUGUUGGCUUCGGGGACUUUAAAUUUGAGACCCUGCAGAGCCUGUACGAGUCUGAGGACUCCAAAAAGAUCCGAUUUGUCAACUACCUCCGGAGGAAGAUGCCAGCUCCCGGCACGCAGAUGGAGAACGCCACCUCUUGGUUCUGCGCUUGCGGCCUUUGUCUCAGGGCGGCGUUCUCUGUCUGCGCCUCUUCCUUCCGGCCCUUCAGACCAGCUCUUCCCUCCACUUCCACCCAGGAGCCCUCCGAUGAAGAGCUGGUGAAGGCGGUAGUUGACUCGGAGAAGUGUAAGUAA